AUGGAAGACCAAUUUUCUGAAGAUUAUCACCUCUCUCUUCAGUAAGGUUCUAUUUUCUCUAUCAUUAAGCUUCUGCUAGACUCUCCGAUAGAUAUUAAGAUAAAUUUAAGCCUCAUUCAAUUUUACUAGAUUAUAAUCCUGUGCCUAACAAAAAUACAGAAUAAUCUUAAAUUUAAGUUUGGGAAUCAGUUUCUGAUACUCCAUUUAAAGAAUCUAUUUAAUAGCCAUCUAUUAAUGGUAUCAAUAUGAAAAAUUCUUUAGUUUUACAAGUAACUAAUAUUUUGUUAUUAGAAUCGAACAAUGACUCAUAUACCAACAGUUAAAAGAAUAAAAUAAAUUAUAAGUAGGAACAAACUCAUAUUGGAAGUCAAAGAUAAACUUAUGAGGAUAGGUUAUAUUUAUCCUAAAAAUAAAAAAACCCAUCUGAUUAAUUUUCUUAAAGAAACCUAUCUGGGAGACUUAAAUAAAGAUUAAAUAAGAAAAUAAAUUUUUUUUGAACCUAUUAAAAUUAAACUUCCAACCUUUAGUCCAACCAGCAAAUUUAUCCUAAUUUGGCAAAUUUUUAGAAUUAUUUAAAUAAUGUUUUUAUUAUGGUGGGUUCCAUUCAAAAUAGCAUUUACUCCUGAGGGUACUACUGAUAUAAAAAAUAUUGAAUAAUCCUUAGUUUACUUUAUGAUUUUUGACUUAAUAAUUAAAUUAAAUGUUGGCAUUAUUGAUCAAGGCUAAAUUAUGAAGGAUCGCCUUUUCAUCCUACUCUAUUAUAUAAAAUAUGAAUUGUACGAAGAUAUCAUUUAUUUGAUUACUUUGAUCAUCAUCAUAAGAGAAUAGCCAAUUGACACUUAUUUAAUAAAAGAAAUAAUAGUUUUAACAUAAUUUAUUCUUAAUUUCUUUAAAUUAAAAAAGAAGAUAAAAACUUAUGAAGAGACUCUGACAACAUAAUCUACUUUAAUUGAAUUAGCUAAUUUAUCCUAAUUAAUUAUUGUAAUAUUCUAUUUUGCUCAUUUUAUGGCAUGUGUAUGGUAUUAUGUGGGUAUAAAAAGUUUAGAUUAAUUCAAUGAAUCUUGGAUAAUCAAAUAUAAAUUAAUUGAUGCUCCAAUAUCUUAUUGUUAUGGAUAUUCAUUUUAUUGGGCUACUGCUACAAUGGUUACAGUAGGUUAUGGAGAUGUUACUGGAUAAAAUAUUUAUGAAGUUCUUUGUUCUAUUAUAUUAAUGUUUCUAGCUAGUGGAAUAUUUGCAUUUUCAAUAAAUUCUAUUGGUUAGAUAUUUAGUAACAUUGACAAUUAAUAAUAAGUAUAUAAAAGAACACUUUUACUGAUUAACCAUUAUAUGUAAUUUAAUGAAGUUUAAAUAUCAUUAUAAAGUAGAAUAAGAAAUUAUAUUAAAUAUUUUUUUGAAUAAGAAAAUAAGGGUAGUAAAAAUGAGAUUGAUUUAGUUUUAAAUCAAUUAUCAAAUAAUUUGAGAUAAGAACUUUUAUAGGAUGUAUAAUUAAGAGUUUUGAAAUAGGCAGACUUUUUUAAAAAGAAUUUUUCUCAAUCAACUAUUAGAUUAAUUGCUGAUCAUGUUAAAUUUUAAUAAUGUACACCUAAAGAGUUAAUUUAUAAAUAAUAAAAUAAUGACGAUAAAUCUAUUUAUAUUAUUUAAAAAGGUGAAAUAUAAUUAAUUGAUGAUAAUUCAGGAAAGAUUCUUAAAAUAUUUACUAAAGGUUAAACCUUUGGAGAAUUAGAAUUUUUAUCCUUUUAAGCUAGAUUUUGUAGUGCAUAUAGUGUUACAUUCAGUUAAAUCUAUAAAAUUGCAAGAGAAGAUUUUCUUAAUUUAAUAAAGGAUAAUCCUGUAGAUUAUUAAAAAUUUUAAUAAAUGAAAGAUUAAAUUUAAUUAAAAUAUCAAAAUGAAUAAUUUAAAUGUUAUGCAUGUGAUGAAAACCACCUUAUUUGGGAUUGUCACUUUUUAUUUUAUAAGCCUAAUAUUGAAGUUAUGAUUAAGAAAUCUUUAUUCAACACAGAAUAAAGAAGAUCAAAUUUUAAAAGAUCUGAUAAAAGAUAUUUAAAUAUCUUACACAAAAGUCUAGAUAAUGAAGAUUCUAUAGAAUAAACAUAAAAGAUAGGUUCAGUUCCUUCUGAUACUUCAUCUGAGAUUUCCUCAUAAGAUAGUAAAGUACCAGAGAUAGAAUAAACAAAAGUUCGAGAUUCCCUUUCAAAAUUAGGAUAAUAACAUUAAUCAAGAAAAAGUUCGGCACAUAGUAAAUCAGGAUAAGGAAUAGUUGAAGAAUUUAAUUUUCAUUUAAAUAAAAGAUAAUCUAAUCGUUAAAGUGUUAGAUAAACAGAAAUUGAUACUCCUUUAACAUAGAAAAGAAAAUCAAUUUAAUAGGUAUUUUCAUAGGAUGCUAAAAAUUCUUUAUCUGCUCCUUAAUUGGCUCCAAUUAAAGAAGAAACCAGAAAAGAAAAUAAGGAUUAUAAUUAAAAUCUUAAAAGUUUUCAUUAAUUAGAUGAAAUAAUAGAUAACAAAUACUAUUAUGAUGAUGAAAUUGAUUCAGUAUUUUCAUUUUAAUAUUACUUUCCACAUAAUAACAUUGAAAAUGUUUUAUAGGAGUACUAAAGAUUUUAAAAGUAAUUCAGAUAAAAAAAAUUCAAAGUUAUAAAAAGUAAAUAUAUGUUCCACAAAAUUACCAAAGCUACUAAACAAAAAUAAAAUAAGCAUAAGAAAGAUCAACCAUCAGCAAAUUCCUUAAUAAUUAGAGAAAAUGUAUGA